GGCUGCAACGAACAUCCGGGCCAUGAGGCAGCGCGGUGGCGGUUUUGAAACGGGGAGGAGCCAAUCAGGAUCGCCCUCGGGUUUCCAUAGCAACCCCUCGAGAGGGAGACAAACCGAAAGCGCCGGGUUAAGAAAUAAAUAAUGGGCGGCACGAUCCUUACCCGGGAGUCGGCCCCAUUGAAACCAAUGGGGGCUACUGCCGAGUAAGCGAGCGCAGUGGGCUCCUGCCAUUGUCCCAGAAACGAAGCCGAACCCGGGCCUGGGCCACUGAAGGGCGCCGCCAACAAAAAGCCGCGGUGAACCCGGUCGCCUUACUCUCCCCCCCCCCGACUACAACUCCCAUCGGCCCCUGCCAGCGCGGCCCUCGCGACGGGCUGACGGGAGUCGUAGUUCGCGGGGGGGGGAGAGAAAAAGGGCGCUUCGCCAGGCCCGGUGAGGGGGCUACGAAAAGCCCACAGGCUGAGGAGAAACCCUCGCCCUCAUAAAAGCCCGGCCGUGGGGUGAGGGGAGUCCCCAGUUCGAAGGAGGCACGUUAACCUCCUCAGGAAGAGGAGACGCCUCUCCCCCCUUGUCUAAGCCUCCCGAGCAUGUGCAGAGUGCAUCUGAAGUGCGCGGGGGAGCCGCCGCCCUCCGUUGGGAGGGAGAGAAGCGCCUGGAACGCGGCCGACGCCGGGGCGUGUCGGUCGGAGGCCUCGCGGCCUCCCACUGGGGCCUGCCUGGGCGGGCAAAGGGCGGGCGCCGCGGCUUCGCCUUGGCCCUCCUCUCCUCCCUUCUCCCCUCAGAAGCGGGUCCGGGGCGGAGGAGGGAAGGUCUCCCGGUUCCUUCCGAGGCUGAGGCAGCAGAAGGCGCCGCUCCGGAGCGCUCCAUCCCGAAGCUCCCCUCGGAGGUAAAGGCGACGCGGGCGGGCGAGAGGGAGAAGCGGGGCAGGGUCGGAGGGGGUCCGCCGGGGCAGCGGCUCGCUUUCUAGCCCCGAAGGCCGGCUUCCCGCAAGUGUCCGCCUUCCCGCCGCGGGGGAUUCAGGGCCGGCCCUCCCGUCAGCUGCCUCGGGAGGCAUGUGCCGGGAGGCGGCAAACCUCCACCUGGGAGCAGGAGGGCACGAGGAGAGCAGCUGCUGGAUCAGGCCCAAGGGCUCCUCUAGGACCCGGGCGAUAGAGCCAUAGGUCGCCCCAGACCAGUUCGAGGUCCCUAUCGUCAUCCCCGUUUCAUAAUUUCUGACCUGGCAAUAUAUUGCAAAUCACGAUGUGUGCUAUGCGAAAAACACAGUGUGUGGGGGGGAUACCAAUGCCUCCAUGUAGCUCCAUCCUUAUUUCAUGCACCGUGACCUAUUGCAAUGUGUAGCUGGUGGUAUAGCAUGAUGUUGAAAGCCAUAUGUAUCACCCAGGCACCUGGCCCAGUAUCCUGUCCCCGCAAACAGAUGCACUGGGAGUUAUGAUACCCCACUGUCUCCAGACCUCCCCGAGGAGCAAGCCCGGGCCACGUGCCUGGGGGUCCUGGGCUGCCCAGACGACAAGACCCCCACAAAGAAAAACAGCAAGGUGUUGGGCACCAGCUGGGCUACAGGAGUUGCCCGAAGUAGGCAUGCAGUGCGCCAUCCCAACCGCCUUAGGGACUCCGCUCCAGAUCUGUGGAGGGUUUGCUCCUCUAGCCUUGCCCCUUCUGGGAAACGUGGGAUUCAAGCACAAGAACCCGCAUCUCCUGUUGGAGAAGAGAGCUGUGCAUCAUGUGCGUUGCCCUCUGCUUUUAUAACUGCCCCACAGACAGUCUCUGAAAGUCUUUGUAGACUAUGCAAGUCUCUGAAAGAAGCAGUGGGUCAGAUUCUUAUCUGGUGAAAACAAGCCGUAAAGCUUUGUUUUAUAACGUCCAACGCUGCCGAAGUGGUCCGCAAACAGACGCAGUGAACAGUGAUUCCGGAUAUACCCACUGUUUCGUAGAAUUCUUCUUCAGCGCAGCAGAAGGAUACAGAAAUGCUUCAUAAACCCAUCUAUCUGGUGAAUGGAAUUGUAUAACAACAAUAGCUAUGGAGCAGUGGUCAUAAAAUUAUUUUUGUUGUCUUGGUUAUUACUGAUUUGUCCUCUGCUUCAGGCAGCCUUGGGUAGAUGGGGGGGCACGUGGGUGUGAAGUGCUUGGGCAGGAUUUUGUGACAUUGGGCAGUACCUCAAGCCUGGUUCCAGCGUUCUUGAAACUCUCCAGCACACCUUUUAAUUGCCGUGUGCAAUGGGUGUGUUGCUUAUAGCAGCUGGCGUAACCCUGCCUGCUCCCAGUGGGCCCCACCCGCACAGAAGUUGUGCCGUGAAUUUUGGCACUGUGGUGGCUGCUGCCAUCACCUCUCGGCUGCAGCUAUGGUGUAACACACCCGUCGACCGUGAGUGCCACAGUUUUUUAUAUCAAGCUCCUGUUGCAGUCACUGCAAUGGCUUCACUAACUGAGUCCAGCUGGAGCAGGAAAAGGCCUGCCUUAAGCAGAUGCUCUUUGUGAGUCAGAAAGGGUGACAUUGCUCUCAGGUGAGCUCUGCUGCGGGUGUGGCUGGGUUCUGUGUGACAGGCUGAGUAGAAUUCUUCUUCCUAGGUCAGCAUUCACCAGCUCAGCUGCCAGAUCUGACCUGCCCAGUUACGAAAACAUUGGCUCACUUCCUCCUCGUGCCUUUGCUUGUGUGAACAGUAAAUCAGACGGGGCCUACGUGGAGGAGGGACUGUCCAGGCUCAGUUCUUGUCUUGAGAUGGAAGGCUAGGCCUUUGUGGUUCAAGCAGAAGUCCUGAAGAACAGGAGUUGCUGUGCCCAUUUCCCCAGCAGGUGAGGCUGGCUUUCUCCCGCACGGGGGAUGCAAAGGUGUUGGUCACAAUUGUCAGUAUCCACUUCGCAGAGCAGGUGACGGUGCAGGGGGAGUGUUGCAGGAAUUUAUGUUUAGGUUGGGGGGGGUUGCCCCUCCAGCAGAUAUCAUGCACAUGCAGCCCACUACCAAAACCAGCACAAUCACUUUUGUGACUUUUGUGAUCUGUCCCCACAAAACACUUCAUCACAGUUUCUUCCUAUCUGUUCAAAAGGGCCUUUGCUGCACAAUACCAAAUGUAAGAAUUCACUGAUCAAUGCUCACUGGGAAAACUUCAGAAAUGCAUAUAGACAUGUGAGCUCAGCUACUCAGCAGCCCCUCUGCCUGAGUGAUCAUUCCUGGUAUCCUGAUACCUGAGUGCCGGACAGGUGGCCAUUCCGGAAAUAACAAACCCAGAUGAAGACAAAAGGGUGUGAUUAACUUGGCUGGGAAACAGGGAAAUGUAAAUAUCUCUUUUGUUACACUCGAUGGGUGUUUGGUGGAGGGCAAGGAGAACCCUGGGGCAGGGUCCAGGAUGCUCACAUCACUGCCACCAGACCUCCCCAAUCAUGAUGUAACCGUGAUGUAUGAGUGAUGUAGUGGGGGGGGUGACAUGGGGAUUAGCAGCUAAUAAAAGUUUGGGGGCUCUUUUGUUCGGGGCUUCCAUCUUGUUCCACCUUGUGGCAGGUGGGAGUCCUGUUGCGACAGUCUUCAAUAAAGACCAAGCCUACUGGCUGCUGUUUUGCUCUGGUAUUCCUGGCUGGUGUCCUUGUUUUUUGUCCAAGGGAGCCCUCAGAUUUCUCCGUUAACAGGUGGGAGAGUCAGGAGGCCUGUAUAUCGUUGAACAACUCUGGAUUCUUCUCUAUGGGGAAGAAUGGAAGCCACCUCCACAUGCCCACACCUACCUUUCAGAAGCUAGGUUGGACAGGCCUUGCACCCCACGCAAGGCGGAGAGCUUUAAAGCUAUUUAUUUAUUUUAUUAAAUUCCCAUGCCGUUCUUCAUUCGGGGAUCACAGGGUUCUCCUGGUGGAAGAAGGCAGAGUCCUCCACAUUCUCAAUCUGCUUUGCCCUGGGGGUCAUGCCAGGCAGCCUUCUGGCCUUGCACUACCCAGCCUUGCUCCUCAGGGGGCAUCUUACAUGGCACAGCAGUAAGUCCUGGAGGUCAGUUCCAGGUGGCAGGACAGUCUGAGAUCUCGGAAGAGCCUCCUAAUAAGCAAGGCAGACAGCUUAAAGGCUCCUUCUGCACUCGGGAAAAAAUAGCUUUUAAGCUCUCCACCCUGUAUGCAUUUAAUUUGUGCAGUCACAGCUGGCUUGACACCAGUUGCUUAAAGCUGAUAUAAUGCAAGUUAAAUGCAUGCAAGUCAAGUGUCCUUUUGCAGUUCUUCCAGCAGCAUUGUGACCUGGUGGCAGUAUUCUAGUUUUGCACCAGCCGCAGCUUUCAAGCCAACCUGGAGGUACGGAAGCUGAACUCAGGGGACAAGGUAACAUAUUUUCGUUUAGAAGAUGAGUGAUUUUGUACUGGAAUUCAUUUGAGAAAUCUCAGGUGGCUGCCGUCCAGACCUGGCGCUUUGUCGAUUUUGCGAUGGAAAGAAGCCCUGAUGCCUGUGAGCCUCCUCUUUGUAUUCCUGAGUAACCAGAUACGCAUCCCGGCUGCUUUUCAGAUCUUUAUCCACAGCCGUGGAGACUGAUAGGGAAUACUCUCUGCUGCUUCUGAAAGAAGCACAGCACAAAUGCUUGUCUUUCCAUGCGCAUAGGUUUGGCAGCAUGUUCCAGCUGCCGCUCCCUUUGGAUCGGGACGGGACCCUCUUCCGCCUCCGUUUUACCACCCUGGCAGUCGGGACCGUGUGCUGCCCACUCUUUGGCUUCCUCUUCUGCGUCAUCUGGUCCCUGUUCUUUCACUUUGAUGAAACCACUGCCACCCACUGUGAUGUAAGUCCUCAUUGAGUGUCUGUGUGUGCAUUUAAAGAUUGCCCUAUGUUGGAAUUUUAUCACCAUUGUUAUAGUACAGUCACGUCUUUUACGGGGAUUCGGUUUCAAGGGUUCUGGGUCAUUUGCUUAAGAAGAGCAGUUAGAGUUAGUGCCAAAGUCCUGUUGCAAUAAAACAGUCUUCACCUCCCUGUGGAAGGACAGCAAGAAGGAGCCAGUCUAGCGUCUCUAGGGAGGGAGAUCCAAAGUUGCCUGGGGGCAGCCACUGAAAAAACCCUCCCACACAUCAACACCGUGUGUGCCUGAGAGGGUGGCAGAACAGAGAUUAGGGCCUACCCAGGCAGGUUUGCAUGGGAGAGUACAAUAAGAGUGCAUAAGACGAAGGGAUCUCUGCGGAGGCUGUCUGGUCAGAGCUAACAGAAUUCAGCCAGCAGGGACCAAAAACCUAUCUUCAGCCUUUGUGAGUGAAGGGUUUGGGGUGCUCCCGUUCCCCUUGCCAGCUAUGGCAAGAGGAACAUCGCUGGGGGGGUCAGAGGCUGAAGCGCCUGUAGGUAGGAGAGUGACGCCGCAAGACCAACAGCAAAUAAGCCCCAAAGUCCAGCAUCGUAAGAAGAGGAGGCUUGUGAGCAGCGGGUGCCUGCCUGCAAGGGGAAAUGGUGCUUCUCCAGCUUCUCCACGGUGGCAGGUAACAGGGAGAAGAACUGUCAGAUUUGCAAUACCACUGACUUUAGUUUUCCCCUACAGGUCCCCAACUACCUCCCCUCCAUCAGCUCUGCCAUUGGUGGGGAGACCCCCGAGCGCUACAUGUGGCGUUUCUGCAUCGGGCUGCACUCUGGGCCCCGCUUCCUCGUGGCCUUUGUCUACUGGAGCCACUACCGCGGCUGCCACUGCACACACCCGCGGUACCUCCGCCUGUGCAAUGCAGCCUUCGGCCUCAACCUGCUGGAGAACACGGCCCUCCUACUGCUGACCUACGUCUCCUCCUCGGAGAACUACCGUAAGUAUCAGCGCCUGGUGCAGCGCCAGCCUGGCUCACUGGCAGGUGGAUGCCUUCUGGUUUGUGGGCCUGAGAGCUUGGGGGUUGUCACUGGGGCACAACAGCACUGCCCUUAUGAGCUGGUUGGGAGGGGGCUGGUUGGCUGGAGCCACCGUGCCUCCUCUGGUCCUCUCUCGCCUAGCCUGCUCUGCCUCCUGCCCCAGAUCUCUGUUCCAGACUCUCUCAAAGAAUCAUAUAAUUGUCAUCUAGUCGACUCCCCUGCAAUGCAGAAAUCUCAGUUAUUGAAUCACUGACAGAUUGUCACAGUCCGGUUCACGGGCAAUCGAAGUCCCGGCUGGGGACGUCGGGACCGGGGGCAAGAUGGCGGGGUGGGAGCAGGAACGGGAGUCCAGAAGCCAGGAGUCAGAAAGCCAAGAGUCCGAGGGGUCAGAGAGCCGAGAGUCAAGAAGCCGAGGGUCAGGAAGAAAGUCACAAAGUCAAGGGUCUGAGGAUCAAGAAGCAAGGAGUCAAACACAGCAAGGCAAGGAACGCGUUGCUGUGGCAAAGAGCUGAAGGGAAAAUGCUAACCUUAUAUCCCUUCCUGGCUCUUCCCACCAGGUACUGUGAGUUACCAAUCGGCCUCACGUGUGAGGCUGCAUGUUGCCUCUUCAGAACAAAUUUAGGAAGGCCCCAGUCCUGCAGAGUCCUAUUGGUCACAGGGCCUGGCUCCUACACACACACCUGACACAGACGGCCAUCCAACCUCUGCUUUAAAAUAUACAGUGAAGGGAGACUCCACCAUCUUCCAAGGGAGUCUGUUCCACUGUUGUGCAGCUCUUACCGUCAGAAAGUUCUUCCUAUGGAUUAGUCAGACUCUCCUUUCUUGGCAUUUAAAUCCAUCGGUUCGGGUCCUCCUCACUAGAGCAGCAGAAAACAGCUGCAGCUCCCUCUGGCUUCUAUACGGCUUAGGCAGAAGAACGCUUUCUCACUAGGCGCGAGGUUCAGAUGCACAAUUAGCUGUUACUUUUUAUGUUGUGCCUAGGAGUUUGCGUGUCCCCCGUGGCUAGUUGAACUUUGGUGGUGGCGGCCGCUUCUGCUUCUUGCUCACAGUUAGCAUUGCAUGUCCUUUCUUUGCUGCAGUGAUCCACGAGAACGCCUUCAUCCUCUUCAUAGCUUCGGCCCUCAGCCACAUGUUCCUGACUUGCGUUUUGUGGCGAAUGACUAAGAAGCAUGCAGUAAGUCCCGAGGUACAGUCCCCUCUCUUUCUUUCAUUGGCGGAUGUGAGGAGGGUUUGGAGCUGAGGGCUGAACUUGGCAGGCUUGCCUGGGUCUCGAUAGCGCUGCUUCGAACAUCAUGUUUCCAUAGUUGUGCUUCCAAAUGUGUUGAUUUAGAGUACCCCAUCCACAUGUGGUGCCUGGGCAGGUUAGAUACAGCUUGGUACAAUUAAAACAAGUGAGACAUAAACACUCUGAUCUCAUCAAAAUGGUUGUUGGAUGGCUGUAACCCAUAGGUAGGCAACCUAAGGCCUGGGGGCCGGAUCCAGCCCAAUCACCUUCUAAAUCUGGCCCGCAGACGGUCUGGGAAUCAACGUGUUUUUACAGGAGUAAUAAUAAUAAUUUUUAUUUAUACCCUGCCCUCCUCAGCCAAGGCCGGGCUCAGGGCGGCUAAUAAGCAAUAAUAAAAACAAGUUGAAUGAAUACAACUUAAAAACAAGAUUAAAAUAUUGAAACAUUAAAAUAUUAAAAUGCAGCCUCAUCACAGGAGGAGAAAGGAAAAAGAAAAAAGAAAGGGGGAGGGGAGGGAAUCAAAUUGGCUCCAAGCCAAAGGCGAGGUGGAACAACUCUGUCUUACAGGCCCUGUGGAAAGAAAUCAGAUCCUGCAGGGCCCUGGUCUCAUGAGGCAGAGCAUUCCACCAGGCCAGAGCCAGAGUUGAAAAGGCCCUGGCUCUGGUUGAGGCUAAUCUAACUUCCUUAGGGCCCGGGACCACUAGGGUGUUGCUAUUUAUGGACCUUGAGGCUCUCCAUGGGGCAUACCGGGAGAGGCGGUCCUGUAGGUACGAGGGUCCUAGGCCAUGAAGGGCUUUAAAGGUCAAAACCAGCACCUUAAAUCUGACCCUGUACUCCACCGGGAGCCAGUGCAGCUGGAAAAGCACUGGGUGAAUAUGCUUCCAUGGCAGAGACCCCGUGAGGAGCCUCGCUGCAGCAUUCUGCACCCGCUGGAGUUUCUGGGACAGCUUCAAGGGCAGCCCUGCGUAGAGCGAAUUACAGUAGUCAAGCCUGGAGGUGACCGUCGCAUGGAUCACUGUAGAAUGUGCCCUUUUAUUUAAAAUGCAUCUCUAGGUUAUUUGUGGGGCAUAGGAAUUCAUUCAUUUCCCGCAAAAAAAUAUAGUCUGGCCCCCCACAAGGUCUGAGGGACAGCGGACCGGCCCCCUGCCGAAAACGUUUGCUGACCCCUGCUGUAACCUUUCCAUCUCUUGAGAUGUAUAUUGUUACGCACCACCCCAUUCUCUGAAUGGUGAGAGACUCCAGGGGUUCCAGAUGCUUACCCAGGGUUCAGUUUCCUUGGAAUUAAGGUCAGCGGAUACUGUGGUGUCUUUAGGACAACCUUUGUUGUCGAAAGCCUUGGUACGUUUUGGCUCCCGAACCCCGCAAACCCGGAAGCGAGUGUUCCGGUUUGCAAACGUUUUUUGGAAGCUGAACGUCUGAUGCGGCUUCUGCUUGAGUGCAGGAAGCUCCUGCAGCCAAUCAGAAGCUGCGCCUUGGUUUUCGAACCACCUCGGGAGUCAAACGGAUUAAGUUUGACAACCAAGGUACCACAGUAUUUGGUUUUGUUUACAUGUAUAUAUAACCUGCUCAUAACACGGCAGGGCUCACAGCAUCAACACCCCAACAGGUCUUGCUUCUCCAUCGGUCACAGCUUUGGAUCCAGCACGGAGCAAGCAGGCCUCUGGGUCUCCAGCUUCCAGCCUGUUUCCCAGCUCAGCUCACAUACAGUUCUGGCUAUCAGCUAUGUGUGGGUUGGAGGAAAGGCUGCCCAUUAGUCAGGACUCUUGCAAGCUAGCUCAUUCUCUGGGGAUGCUGGUGAGGACACUGAAGUGACCAACUAAGGUCGUUGUCUUCCAAAGAAACUCAUCUGACUACUUAAGCAAACUCCUAUUUGAUUCUAUUCCUCCCUGGUUACCAGACCCCAAGAACUGAAAGGGACUCAGGGUAUCAUCCAGACCACCACCCCCAAACCCACAAUCUAAAUUAUGGGCAAUGGGGAGAGCAGCAACUGGUGGAGUUUGGUAUAAAGUUCUGCCACCAGAGGGCUGUCCAGGUUUGCUCAAUAUUUUACUGAUCAUUGUUUGGAGCUUUGUCUUCUCAAUAAUUCCUUGGCACUUGACUUGAUGUCAAGUCCCGCAGGGCCCUAGUCUCUUGUGACAGAGCAUUCCACCAAGUUAGGGACAGUACUGAAAAGGCCCUGGCCCUAGCUGAGACCAAUCUAACCACCUUGUGACUUGUGACUUCCAAAAUGUUGUCAUUUGUGGACCUUAAGGUCCUCUGCGGGGCAUACCAGGAGAGGCAGUCCCGUAGGUACGAGGGUCCUAGGCCUAAGUGUGUCAAGUUGUGCACUUUACUCCCUCCAAGUACUAGAACCCAGGUUUGAUCAAAUGAAGCUGAUUGGUGGGAAAUUAAAGAGCAGACAAAAGAAAGCACUUCUUCAUAAAGUAAAAACUAUGGCGUUGGCUCCUCUGAAAAGUACGGAUGGCUAUCAACGUGGCUGGCUUUCAAAAGGCAUGAGAUACACUCAUGGAGGAAGAGAAGGCUGUCAGGAGCUGCUAAUCCUGAGGGUGGCUGUGCUCUCUCUGCUCCGCUAGAGGCCGUAUGCCUCUGAAUGCCAGUUGCUGGGAAGGGCAAGGGCGGAGAGUUGCUGUCACACCCAGGCCGUCUUUCGAGGCUCCCCGCCGGGACGAUUUGUUGGACUAGAUGGGCCCACUUUGGCCUACAUCGUAGAAGCUCUUGCACAGGACUGCAGGGCAAGAAUUGCAAGCUGUUGGGGAGGGAGGGUUGGAGAGCUGAAGACACAGGGAACUGAAGCAAGGAAUGGCAAGGAGCAGGGUAAUGGGUAUGUGUCUCUGUGUGUGGAGGGGACAGUAGGCACAGGGCCAAGAGAGAGGAGGGACUGCAUGCUGAGGACAAGCAAGGGCACAGACGUGUGUGUGUGUGUACUUGGGAGCCACUGACUAAGGGAGGCUAAAGAGGAAUUUUGACACCGCCUGCGCAAACACAAUGAAUUGCCACCUGCCAUUUCCUGUGUGAAUUUUUACAUAAGAGAUUUCUGCUUGCGGUUCCUGCUCCUGGCUUCCCUCCCUCCCGUCUGCCUUGGCACUUCCGCUCUAGCACAGAAGGGCUGGGCUUCUCACGCUGCCACGGAGCAGGUCUUGGGCCACAACAGCGUGCUAGUAGGGGACACGUUAACACAGUUCAGCCCCUGCGCUGCUCUGCUACUUGUUUUAUUUAUUGCUUGCAUUUCUGUCCCCCCUGUCCCUGUCUCCAGGGAGCGCAGGGGGCGUACACGGUUCUCCCCACUCGUUUCAUCCCCACAACAACCCUGUGAGGUAGGUGAGACUUGAGAGGGAGAGUGACGCGACACCCAGGGAGCUUCAUGGCCAAGUGGGAAUUUGAACCCUGGUCUCUCAGAUCCUAGGCUGACCCUCCAACCUCUACACCACACUGGCUCUAUGCUAAAGGAGCAAAAGAGGCAAAGAGAGAAAUGAGGAGCAGGAGAGCCAUUCAGACACAGAAAUGUGGGAGCUGUAACAAUUUGGACUAGAAGACUGAAAUGGCUUUCCGUAUAUCACUAGAAAGCACCGGAGAGGUUACUGCCGUUGCCCGAAUUCAUGUUGAACCCAGUUUUCUAGAAUUGCUGCCCUGUUCUCCGCCUUGACCAGAUGCUUUGCCGUGGCUCCUCCCAUCCCGUUGCUCUUUCUUAUCCCCUCCCACUUCCCGCCCCAAUAAUUUUUUCCAAAUAUCUUAAACACAAUACAGCUUAACAAUAUUAUUCUCCUAUCUAUAUACUUCUCCCCUCCCACUUGCCCCCAUCUCAAAACUUGUUUUCCCCCCUGUUCUUUCUAAACCUCCCACUUUCCCCCUGAAAUCUUUGUGCUUCUCUUUGACGAAAGCAAAUGGAAACGAAAGCUGCAAUCUAAACAUUUGUGGUUUGGAGUUUCUACGCCCCGGGGUGAGACAGUGGUGGGGGUUCCCCUUGCCUGCAUGGAUGGGCAAUAACCAGAAGUGGGGGGCCUUUUUCCCACACCCCAUUCAUCUCUAUGGCCCAGCCCCUCUGUCAGACUUUUCUCGUGGCAGAAGCAAGGCCCUCUUCCUCCCUGGGGUGUGGGUGUGGGCCCAGGCAUCAUGCCGCAACCAGCUCUUAAGUUCUCCCACCCUCCUUAAUGCUUCUGCUGCUGUUGCAUCCCAUUUCCCUCAAAUAAGCUGAGUCAGGGAGCCAAGCCGAGCGAGGAUUUGUACUUCCCCUAUAUUAGCGGUUGCAACUCAGGGCUGCUCUGUGUUGGGGCGCUGUGUUGAGCCUGUCAGCCGUGGAGACACCCUUGGCGAUGAGCCUCCCCGCCCUUUUGCUCUUUAUCCCUUAAGGCAGCGUUUCCCAAACUGUGGUCCCCAGCUGUUUUUAGACUACAACCCCCACCAUCCCUAGCUUGCAGGGCCAGUCGUCAGGAAUGAUGGGAGGAAGCUGUGAUAGGCAAGUUGUGGCCCAUCUGUAGGAGCCCUGGGCUUCAGAGUGCGGAUCUGUUGUGAGUUGCACAACCAAAUGGCCAAUGGGAAGCUUGCAAGCAGGAGUUAUAAGCUCAAGAGCCCUCUCCCCUCCUGCUGUUUCCAGCAACUGGUAUUCAGAAGCAUUCUGCCUCUGAUAGCGGAGGGAUCACACAGCCAUCAUGCCUGGCAGCCAUUUUUAUAUAGCCUUAUCCUUCGUGAAUUUGUCCAAGCCCCCACUCAAGUUGCUGGCCAUGACUACAUCUUGUAGCAGCAAAUUCCCUAUUUUAACUGUGCUGUGUGAAGCAGUCCCUUCCUUUCGCUUAUCUUGAAUCUUCCAAAUCUCAGCUUCCCAGAGGUCUAGCGUUAUGAGUCACAGGGAGAAAAACAUCUUCACACCAUGCACAAACGUAAACCCCACUCUCCUAUCUCCUCUUACUCGUUGAUUUUCUCAGCUAAAAAGCUCUGAACAUUGUCACUUGGCCUCACAGGGGAGGCACUCCAAAAUCCCUUGAUUACUUGGGUCACCUUUUCCAGCUCAACGGUAUCCUUUCUGAGGUGAGGUGGCCACAGGUGACCUCCCUAUUCAGGUCUCCUUGUGUUCCUGUUGCUGCAAACAGGUUACAUGCUAAGCCUUGAGGAGCAGGGCCUCAAGUCCUGCAUCCACUGCUGCUGAGUGGGCAUGCGUGUGCAAAGGUGGGGCUGCCAGCCUUCAUCCUGGCGGGAGUAACCUCGCCCCUCUCUCCCUCUCUUGCAGGAGCGCAAAUCCUACAAGUGGAAGUGGUGGCUGUUCCUCUUCAACCUGGUCACGUUCUCAGUAGCCGUGUACUUCUACUUCCGCCACAACUGGUACUGCGAGCCCGGAGGUAAGUCCCCUUUGGGGAUUCAGCCUCUUGCUCAUGCUAAGAAACUUUGACCGCUCGGUGCUGGCGUUUGGUCUGCGGUGCCAGAGCACCCUACGCGCCUGCUUUGUGACUUUCCUUUGUAGGAGAGGAUUCCUGUGGCUCUGGUGUUGGUGCUUGCCCCAUGCCUCCUGUUUGUAGCAGAGGAAAGAUGGGCACAGGCCGCUUAGUGGCUCCUGCACCCCAUUAACCGCUAGGCCAGGGAUCGCCAACUUGGGCACCCUCCACACGUUGGUGAACUCUAACUUCCAGCAGCCAGCAGGGCCUCUAGCUAGGGAUGAGAGCCUGAACCCAGCAGCACCUGGUGGGCAGGUGUACCAGGUACGUGGGUGUGUUUCUAUGUCUCCUUUGCCUGGUUUGAUGUGGUGGGGAGGCAGAGGCUCUGUCGAGCAUCAUUCUUUUUUACUAUAGACAUGGCUCGGAGCCUCCCUCUUGCUGCCUGCAUUUCCCUGCGCUGAGACGGCCUUUUAAAACUCCAUCCUGUAUUCAUUGUAUACAUACGAUUGUGUAUCAUCUGACCCGUCUACUGCAAUUAUUAAGUUUGCAGAUGACACCACCAUAAUGGGUUUAUUAACAGGUGGAGACGAAUCAGCGUAUAGAGGAGAGGUCCAAAAAAUAUCUACAUGGUGCCUAAGGAACACCUUUCGGAGGAAGAGGAGAGAACUAGCCCCACUGUACAUUGGGGAAGGCUGUGUGGAGAGAGUCUCUUCCUUUAAAUUCCUAGGAGUUUAUCUCAGUGAAGACCUUACUUGGAAAAUAAAUACAAACCAGGUGGUUAAGAAAGCCAAACAGAGACUCCAUCUCCUCAGAGUAUUGCAGAAGAACGAUGUCAAUCAACAUUUGAUGAUCUCCUUCUACCGGUCCACAAUAGAAAGUGUCCUUUCAUACUGCAUCACAGUGUGGUACGCUGGUUUGACAUCAACUGAUAGGAAGUGCCUACAGAGGGUGGUAAAUACAGCACAAGAUAUUAUGGGCUGUCCCGUGAAUCCGCUGGAUGAAAUAGUGGAAGAAUGUUGCCUCAGGAGAGUGAGGAAAAUUCUCAGGGAUGAUUCCCACCCUGGCCGGCACUUUCUUGAUCUCCUGCCCUCAGGCAGAAGAUAUAGAAGCAUGAUUAGUCGUGCCAACAGGGUAAAUAACAGCUUCUGUCCGUGGGCUGUUAGGCUGCUGAAUGGAAAGAGAACAACAGGGCAACUGACUUUCGGGUUUGGUGGGUGGGUGUCAGUAAACGAGGGGAAUUAAGACUAAGAGAUCUGAGUGGGGGGUGCUCGUGUAAUCUCACUGUAUACAAGUUGCACAAGUGACAAUAAAGUAUUUCAAUCUAACUGGAUCACUUACCGUAUUAUCUGAGCCACAUGGGAAAUGCUCGCCAGUGAGUGAUUGGGAGGUGCCUUUGAGAACACUGAAAGGCAGCUGUGUACAAGAGGCAGGUGUGUUGGCAGAACAUGUGAAGUGUUCCUCAGGUGGAACUGAGCAUCCCAGGACUCCUGGGUUAAAAUCCACGUUUCUAGCCCUUAUGGACUCAAAAUAUAUAAGCUGUGCUUGGCGCUGUUUCAGACACCUGAGAUUCCUGACCUUGUUUCCCUCUCUUUCUUUCCUUCCCUAGUUUACACCAUCUUUGCCUUCUUGGAGUACCUGGUGGUUUUUUCUAACAUGGCCUUCCACAUGACUGCGUGGUGGGACUUUGGCAACAAGGAGCUGGUGGUCAGUUCCCAGCCAGAAGACAAACGCUUCUAGCAAAAGCCUGCCUUUGAGCUGAGGGAAAGCCUCUGGAUUUCUUGUGGGGAGGAGGAGCAGCCUGCUUGCCAGCGUCAGAUCCUUCCGGCAGGCCCCAGGACAUUUCAGAAGGGGCACCUGUGACUGGGCUGAAAAGAACCAGUGGGCCCCGUAGGAAUUGGGACCCUGCCGUCAUAUGUCCGACAACAGAGCAGACGGUGUGGCUGGUUGACGGGCCUUUUGAUCAAUGGGACAUCUUUGUAAAAGUAAAAACAAAACUCAGAAUGUGCUCUGCUGCCAACCCAGGACAGGGACAGAACUGGCCCUGGACUAGCUCACUGGGGCUGUGUGUUGUGAUGGUGACAAGUCCAGCGGCUCUUGAAGGCAGAGACUCCUUGCCCGGAUCUGGGACUUGCCUGAAGGAGGUCGUUGUGACUCCUUUUCCCACUUGGCCCUUAGCAGGAAUGGCAAGUGGUUGUAGCCGGUCCUUUUUCCCAGUGGGGUAGAGGGGAGUUUCUCUCUUUGCCUCUGCAAACGGCAGCCUGUCCUCCUUCCGUCUCGUUCCUUCUCCCGCGUGGGGCUUUCCUGCUGCCCAGUGAGGUCCAGCUCUACGAUAGAUGCCUGUCACUGAGCUGGGCCAAAGUGCCAAACCCUGGGAGCGCCUGGACUUUAGAAAUAAAAUGGGGCUGGUGGUGAGACGGUCUCUCUUCCCCUUUCCCCAGCUUCUACACUGAAGUUCCCUAAAGCGAGUUAUGCAUAUUCUGCACAUUGGAACAAGUUCUGCGUGGCGUCAGCACCCCCUUGCAGCCCCCGGGAGCUAAUCAUCUCUGCCUAUCUGCUGCUGGAGCUUCUCUGUCCUGGAGAAUUCACAGACCCUUCCCCCAAAUUCCUAGAAACCUCAGGCAGGCAGGAAUUGGGGGACAGCAUUGGUGGGAUUCAUUUGCUCUUGACUGUGAUGUUUUGAAGGUACAGGGCUGCAUUGGACAUUGGUGAAAGAACCACCUGAGAGUUGGGCUCGGCUGGGAAAGAUCGGGCUGGGAGACAUAAAGCAGAAAUACGUACAUUGAGCUGGGAGGGUGCAGAAGCACUUAGAGGACCAAGCAGAGGUGCUCAGCUUAACCCUUGCACACCUUAUGUCCUGGGCAUCAGCUCUUGAUCCAGGCAAAGGGACACAAAUGCUUCUCCAAGCAUAGAGAUGCAAAGAGACUCGCUUCUCUGCCCUGCUCAGAGCCCACCAGGCCUUACUCCUAGCAAGAGAGAUCAGAAAGAAGUGGCAGGAUCAGGCCACCUCAGUGAGGUCCCAGAAGCUCAAGGGAGGGAUCCUAAGGAAAGGGUAGUUUGAGGCUGAUCCAGAGGUCCAGCCUGGGUCAAGCAGGGGGGUAGGCUGGAGCAGAGAGAUACCACCAGCCAGGGGCCUGGGAUCGAUAGGGAAGAAGGGGAAUGGCUGAGGGAAAAGCUCCUAGGAAGUGAGGGCUCAGAGCAACCAGUAAAGACUGAAUGCAGGUAACUUGGUUCCCUGGGUAAGAAGUCUCGGGUCAGCUGGUGGAGUCAGGCUGGCCAAGGAGCUCUCCGGAAAGGAGGCUUGUGAUGCAGCUACUAGCCCAGGGUUGCUGCUCCAAGGCAGGGACAUUCUGGCAUCAGGCCAGGUUUUCUCUUCUGCUUGUCCUCCCACAUCCCGGGUGUGUGGGCCUCUUUGCUGUCUCUGUGGCAAGGGGUGUGUGUGUGUGUGUGGAAAAAAUUGUACUGCCAGGUAUCUAUUUUCAUUGGCUCCCCCCCUCCCAUGAUGAAAUAAAGCACUGAGUAUUUUUUUCCAGUUGUAGCAGCAGUUGCAGUGGACCAGUUGCUCCCUCUGCCUGAUAUCUGUCCUAGCUGACAGGAGGAAGGGGGGAAUCUUUACCUGCCUUGCUUCCCAAGGUCUUCAAAAGGGGAGGUGCCUAGGAUGAAACUGAGACCUUCUGCAUGCCAAGCAGUACGUUUCCGAGCACAAUUCAAAGUGUUGGUGCUGACCUUUAAAACCCUAAAUGGCCUCAGUCCAGUAUAUCUGAAGGAGUGUCUCCACCCCCAUUGUUCUGCCCGGACACUGAGGUCCAGCUCCGAGGGCCUUCUGGCGGUUCCCUCCCUGCGAGAAGCCAAGUUACAGGGAACCAGGCAGAGGGCCUUCUCGGUAGUGGCGCCCUCCCUGUGGAACACCCUCCCACCAGAUGUCAAAUAGUGAACAACAACUACCAGACUUUUAGAAGACAUCUGAAGGCAGCCCUGUUUAGGGAAGAUUUUAAUGUUUGAUGUAUUACAGUAUUUUAAUAUUUUUUUGGAAGCCGCCCAGAGUGGCUGGGGGAAGCCCAGCCAGAUGGGCGGGGUAUAAAUAA